GGGUUUUAGAAGCAUCACGACAUAAAGAUUUAGCUCCUUCGGUAUGCGAAGGAGUUGACACUCUUUUGAUGUACCUCUACAGAGCUCUAAAUUGUGUAGAUGACAUGGAAAGACUUGCCUCAUCAGACAACAGUUGUGUAGUGGAGGAGUUGGAAUCAUUGCUGAGUGAAUCUGGGCAUUUGCAGGCACUUGCUUUUCUGUACGCCAGUAAAGGGAUGAGCUCAAAGUCUCUUUCAAUCUGGCCUGUGCUGGCUCGAAAUUAUUCAUCAAGCUACUUGAAUGAUUAACAUGGUGCAAACCACUUACAAGAUACCAUAAAUGGUAUUUCCUCUGAUCAAGAGACUGCUGUAAUGGAGACUUCAAAAAUUCUUGAGUCAUCAUCUGAUCCGGAGUUAGUACUGCAACAUCUAGGAUGGAUUGCAGACAUCAACCAGCUGUUAGCUGUACAAGUACUUGUAUCAGAGAAAAGAACAGAUCUACUCCCACCAGAUGAAGUAAUUGCAGCAAUUGAUCCCAGAAAAGUCGACAUUCUUUUAAGAUAUCUCCAGUGGUUAAUUGAAGAUCAAGAUUCCGGUGACACACGGUUUCAUACAACUUAUGCCCUCUCGCUUUCUAAAUCAGCACUUGAUGCUAUUGAAAAGGAGCAUGUUACACAAAAUCCUGGAGGUGUAAACCAAAAGGAGAUAAAUAUCUCAGACCGUGGGAACAACUCAAUAUUUGAUACUCAUGUCAGAGAGAGAUUGCAAUUUUUUUUACAGUCGUCUGACUUGUAUGAUCCAGAGGAGGUUCUUGACUUGGUUGAAGGAUCCGAGUUAUGGCUCGAGAAGGCUAUUCUUUACAGGAAGCUCGGUCAAGAAACAUUAGUGCUUCAAAUUCUUACCUUGUAAGUUCAUAAAUAUUUGGUUAUUGCUUGGGUACAUCACAACAAGCUUUAUCAUAACAAAUGAACAACUUAAAAGAUGUUCUGUUUUCCAAAUGUGGGCAAUGCAUGGUUGACAUACUCUUCUGCUGCUUUACAUGUGAAGUCCCUCACUUAAACAGGCGAAAAUAUUUGAAAUCUUAGCACCCGCAUUGUUGCUAAAUAUGUAUUUCAUAAUUGAAUCUGCAAUUACUCUGAAUAAGAUGACUAUCUGUGGGAUUGUAAUUUAAAGUUGUGUUCAUCUGGCAGGAAGUUGGAAGACUGUGAAGCUGCAGAACAAUAUUGUGCUGAGAUCGGUAGGCCAGAUGCUUACAUGCAGCUGCUUGAAAUGUAUUUGGAGCCAAUGAAUGGCAAAGAGCCUAUGUUCAAAGCUGCUGUGCGCCUGUUGCACAAUCAUGGAGAAAUGCUAGACCCUUUGCAAGUUUUGGAGAGAUUGUCACCAGAUAUGCCCCUUCAACUUGCUUCUGAGACAAUAUUAAGGAUGUUGAGAGCUCGACUUCACCAUCAUCGGCAAGGCCAAGUAUGUUCUACUCUAUAGGGUGAAUUUCUGUUGAUCUUGAGGAUUUAUUACAAUAGUAUAAUUUUAUUCAAUAUG